AUGGCGGAGGGAGAUAUUUGGGAAGCAGCAAAAAGAGGUGCAACUACUCGCAGUGUAAAAAACCUUGCUAAUGCCAGAUCUAAUUCAAAGAACCGAAAUAGAACUCUCCUGUUGGGAGGAAGAAAAGAUGGGUAUAUAUGUUUGUUUAAUUGGGAUACUGGUAGAAUAGAUUUUGAAAUAGAGGCUCAUGGUAAUAAGGGUGUAUUAAAUAUGAUAGCUAAUUCUAGACAAGAUCAGUUAAUAUCAGCUGGAAUGGAUAAUGUUAUUAAAAUUUGGAGAUUGUAUCCUUUUGCUGAAGAAGCACUAGCACCAUUGAUGUCAUUCUAUUGUGCCCAUACUCCAGCUCAUAUGACUACAUUAAGGAAUAGUUUAUGUGUGGCAUUUCAAGAUCCUACAACAGCUACCUUUAGUACAGUUUUAUAUAAUCUUAACGACAAAAUGUUCACUAAUACAAUGUGUAAUCUAGAUGCCUACCAGAAUCGUUUUGACCAUAAACCAGAUGAUGACCAUGAUGAUAUAGUAACUGGACUAACUGUUUGUCAACGUAUGAGACUAUUUGCUACCUCUAGUCAGGAUGGUACUGUACGGAUCUGGAAUCAAACUAAUAAUCUCAUUAGAGUAUUAAAGUUAAAUGUUAUACCACACAGUAUAGGAUUCUGUUCUAAUAAAGGAGAUUUAUUGGUAGGAUUAGGAAGACAUUUAUUUAGAAUACCACAUUCUUCUUACAUGCCAAAAGCAUACAGGUUUAAAAUGGUGACAAUGAAAUUUAAGAAGGAAACAGAAGAAGAACCAUUACCCUAUAAUGAAAACCUACUUAAUAUGAUGAAUAAGAAUGAUGUUAAACGACUGAAAAAUUCUAAAUCAUCAUUCAAGUUUGAUCAUUAUGUAGAUAUUCUAUCACCAGAAGAAGAGGCUGCUGUACAAAGAGAAAAAGAUAUCAGAGAAAAGGCAUUCUCUAAUCUAAUGUGUAGAGAUGAUGAAUUAAAACAGUUAAAGAAAGGUGAUAUUAAAGCUAACAGAAUAUCAGUGAAAAAUAAACAUACACAAGAUGAAGCUUUUACUAAUUAUAUGAAAAUGUUUUAUGAUAAACCAAAGAUUACAUUACCAAAAGAAGACCAAUAUCCUUUAGAUACUGCUAAUGAUAAGUUAAAAGGAGAUAAAAAGAAAGUUGAUGGUUAUAGACCAGAAACAGAACCAACUGGUUUCUUCCCAAAUAAAUUACCUAAAAAAUCUAUUUUAAAAUCAACUACAAAGCCAAGUGAACCACAGAAAAUAUUACCUGGUGGUUUUAUACCUAACUCAGUGUUAGCUAAAAUAUUGUACCCACCACCACUUAGCCCAGAAACUACCAAAACAUCUGAAUAUAGACCACCAUCUUUGACCUUAGAUCAAUUACAACAAAUUGAUGACUUCAGUUUUGGAACUGAAGAUAAGAGAAGAUCAGUUACAUUUAAAUCAGAUAAUGAUGAUCAGGUAUCUCGUGUUUUAGAUAUGGGAGAUUAUACUGAGGAAUCACCUCGUAGUUCCAUACCCAAAACACCUUCACCAGCUCCAUCUAAUAAAUCAGAAGAAGAUGCUUUCUGGGGUAAAGUAAAAACACCACCGCCAGUCACUGCUACCACACCUACUAAUAAAUUUGCAGGAUUAUUAGAAAGGACCCCGACACCAAAGGUUGAAGAACCAGAAGAGCCUAAACCAAUACCAGUAAGAGAACCGACGCCACCAAAACGUGAAAGACCUCCUGUUAAACCUAUUAAACCCAUUGCUAAAUUAGUACCUAAACCAUCUGUUCAACCAGCAACUGUGUCAAUUCCUCCUCAGAAACUACCAACUCCUGUUCCUACACCAACACCACCACCACCAAGACCAGUCACACCACCUAGACCAGUAUCUCCAUUACCAGAAUUUAUAACUCAAUAUGAAAAUACUGACUGGUUUCAGAAAUAUUUUCCUACUAUUUCACCUCAAACAUGGCCCAAACCAUGGACUUCUGAUGCAUUUUGUAUGUCAUUGUUAAAAAUCUUAAAAACAACAGAAUUUCCAAAUAAAUCAGCUAUAUCUGAAGCUUUGAUAUCAUUACAUCUACAAGAAGGUUUUUCAGAUUCUACCUGUCAGCUUGCUAGUAAAAUUAUAAUAUCAGUAUUAAAUGACAGUAAACAAGCACCAGUCUGUGCUGUGGACCAAGAAAAAAUAUUUAUAAUGGUUGCUGUUAAAGCUCUGAAUUCUUUAAGUGUUAAAGACAAAGAAUUCAUAAGUGAAAUGAUUUUACAAUAUUUAGAUGGAGAUAAUGAUGUGAGAAUGCUGGUGUGUGAUAUAUUAGCCAAUUGUGGUUUACAAGAUCCACAUCGACAAUUAGAAAAAGAAUUAGACUUGUGGGAUAUCUGGAAUAUAGAUGAAGAAGACAGAAAGAAAGAAUUAAGAAAUAUGUGUUAUCAAUGGCUUGAUAGGUGGAUGACCUCAUAUAAGCUUCAUAUUGAAGAUACUAUACAAAAAAUGAAGAAGGGUCAAAAUAUACAUAGUCGUAUAACAAAGAGUCAGUUACAGAAACAUCAAACUAAAGUUAAAAAGAGGGGAUCUAAAGAGUUAACCGGAAAUGACGCAGCUCCUGCAAGAGAAUUCGUUACCAACCCACCACCUUUCCUAUAA